CUGAGUUGGAGAAGGAUAACUAUCAUCUUCGAGAUGCAUUACAGACAGAAGUAGAAAAUAAUCGCCUAAAUGAAAAAUGGUUCAAUCAAUUAGAGCGUGAAUAUAGCCAGUGUGAGCAGGAAAUCCAAGGUCUCAAUAUAGACAUAGAGCGUCUUGAGAAUGCUUCAGAAGAAGAGAUAGCAGAGCUAAGAUCUGAAAUCUCCAGUUUAAAAAGUCAGCUAUAUCAAGCUAAGAAAGAUGUAAUCUGA